AUGAUCAUACAGCACUCGAACACAACAGAAAACACAACUACCUGCUGCCACCUUGAAACAACAGAGUACUUGCUACAUAAUGCCCCCAAAGAAGCAGAAGGUCCCCAAAAGAAUCCCCAGGAAGAUUCUACCAGCGAGAAUACAAAAAGGGCCACAAAGGCCCUCCGACCACUUCAACCUGUUGACCCUGUCGACCCUGAUGAGCUGGAGGACCCGCUGGCACUACCUGACGAGAUACCCAGAGAUUCAGACUCGGAUGCCAGCUCGAUGGGCCAUCCAGGAACUGCCGCACCCACGAAAAAAAGAACCAUCCAGCGCAUCACCCGAAAACUCAGCGAUGCCGAGGAAGUCGAUGUGAUAGAGUGGAUCCAGGCUAACCCAAGUAUUUUCAACAAGGCGCAUGCUGAUUACAAAAACACGAAGAAGCGGGACCAGUUGUUCGCAGACAAAGCCGCCCAGCUUGGAGAGGGGUUGACCGGACAGGACCUAUACAAAUGGUAUCUUGGGCAGCGUACGGCGUUUACAAAGUUGAUCAAGCGUCCGGCCAGUGGCAGUGGUACAGUCUUGAUGACCGCCCAACAGCAGUAG